CGCCGCCCCUGCCAACCUGCCACUGCGGUCUCCUGGCGUCUCACUGGCGUCAGUACUUGUCCUACUAUAGUAGUAGUACAUCGCAAAGCCACAGGGACGAACGAGUACGGGAUCCCGGGAAGAUUCACCCGGAGCCACCUUUCGCGCAGCGCGGCCGGUCCACUAUUUUAAGCGCGGGCGGCGGCGACCCAUCGCGAGAACGCCGCGCGCAAGAUGCAGGGCGCGGCGGCCGCGGCGACCUCUGUCUCCGGAGCGUCGUGGUCCGGGGCCACGCGCGGCCGCGCCUCCGCCCUCGCCUCGCGCCAUGUCGGCCUCGCCGCCGCCGCCGCCUCCACCUCCUCUUCCUUCGGGCCCCGGGGCGCGCUCGCCGCCGCCGCGCCGACGUUGCCGCUCCCCCGAGUUCGCGGCGGCUGCCGGCUCCGGCCUCUGUCGCUGCUGUCCGAGAGCGGCUGGAAUGGGGAGGUCGCCAGGCCUGCGGCGGCGACGGCGGCAUCGGUACCUGCGGACGACGCGAGUGCUGUGGCGAAGGGAGAGGGCGCCGGCGCCGGCGGCAUUGCGGCCACGGUGCAGCUGGGCGCCAUGAUCGUCGCGUGGUACCUGCUCAACAUCUACUUCAACAUCUACAACAAGCAGGUUCUCGGCGCGCUGCCGCUGCCGCUGCCGUACACCGUCACCGCCUUCCAGCUCGCGUUCGGCUCCUUGCUCAUCUUCCUCAUGUGGGCGACCAGGCUCCACCCGGCGCCCAGGAUCUCCGCCGCGCAGUUGGGCAAGAUCGCGCCGCUGGCCUUGGGGCACAUGCUGGGCACGGUGUUCACCAACAUGAGCCUGGGCAAGGUUGCCGUCUCCUUCACCCACACCAUCAAGGCCUCCGAGCCCUUCUUCACCGUCCUCCUCUCCGCCCUCUUCCUCGGCGAGGUUCCUUCCCUGCCGGUGCUGGGCUCGCUCGUGCCGAUCGUUGGCGGCGUCGCCUUGGCUUCAUUCACGGAAGUCUCUUUCAACUGGACUGGGUUUUGGAGCGCCAUGGCGUCCAAUCUGACCAACCAAUCAAGGAAUGUCCUCAGCAAGAAACUCCUGGCCGGUGACAAGGAUGCCAUGGAUGACAUAAACCUCUUCUCAGUGAUCACUGUACUGUCAUUUCUGCUGUCUUGUCCUCUGAUGCUGUUCGCAGAAGGCAUCAAGUUCACCCCGGGGUACCUCCAGAGCACGGGCUUGAACCUCCAAGAACUCUGCGUCAGGGCUGCACUUGCAGGGUUUUGCUUUCAUGGCUAUCAGAAGCUCUCAUACUUGAUCUUGUCGAGGGUGUCACCGGUGACCCACUCCGUCGCCAACUGCGUGAAGCGCGUGGUUGUCAUUGUCUCUUCAGUUAUCUUCUUCAGCACCCCCAUUUCGCCUGUCAAUGCACUAGGAACUGGUGCGGCAUUAGGAGGCGUUUUCCUGUACUCGAGGCUGACGAGAACAAAGAAGCCGAAGAAGGCAUGAGGGAUGGAUUACAGUAGUUCGUGAAAAAUUCUUGUAUACACAAUUUUGAGGUAUACAGAGUAGAUCGGGAUAUAUUAAUGUGGAGCUAAUCAAGCAGAGUUUCCACCCAAGAUGAGGGCACAGGCAGCUCGUUUGCACAGCUGCAACAUACAUGAAUGAAUAUAUUCUCGAGUUUCAUGAAA